CGUUGCAGUCCCUUGUAUUUGAACCAUCCACGGCUUGGACUCGACAGAGGGGCAGCUCACACCAUGGCGGCCAUCGGGACGGUUAAGCAUGUGCCCAAGGAGAUCAGGUACAACUUCCUGAAUCAAGCUGCACCAGCAAGCUACGUAGCAGGUCUUGGACGAGGUGCCUCUGGAUUCACCACUCGAUCUGAUAUUGGACCUGCUAGAGAAGGACCAAGUGCCGAAGCCGUCGCCGAAGCUCAAGCCAGACGUGGUGAAGAUGUUCCGGAUCCAGAUGCGCUUCAGGAUCCAGAUGAUGAGCGGAAUCUAUUCGCAGGGACAGUGUACGAAGCGGACGACGAAGAAGCGGAUAAAAUAUGGGAGAGCGUAGAUGAACGAAUGGAUGCGAGGCGGAGAGCGAGGAGGGAAGCUGCAGAGGCAGCUGCGGCGGCGGAAGAACGAGCGAAGAAUCCAAAACUUCAAACUCAAUUCGCCGAUCUCAAACGAUCCCUUUCGACGCUCAAAGAUUCAGAUUGGGAGAAUAUACCGGAAGCUGGCAAUUUGACUGGGAAGCGGAGAAAGCAGAACAUGAGAUUGGAAGAGAAUCAGAACACAAGAAGUUAUGCCGUCAGUGAUUCGGUCCUGGCAGAUGUGGCCGGUAGGAGCGCCUUGUUGGGUGAAUUGGAUGCUCAGCAGCAAGAGAAUGGAGGCUUGGAGACUCCGGCUGGAGACGGUACGAUGACGGACUUUAUCUCCAUUGGAAAUGCUAGAGACAAGGUAUUAUCACUGCGUCUGGAUCAAGCUUCAAAGGAUGCAGCGAAUGGCUCUUCGACUAGUAUAGAUCCGAGAGGGUAUAUGACGGCGUUGAACAGUCAAAUCCUACAGACGGAUGCGCAAAUAGGUGAUAUCAAACAGGCUCGUCAGCUGCUACAGAAUCUCAUCCAGUCGAAUCCAAAACACGCACCAGGUUGGAUCGCCGCUGCGUCCUUGGAGGUCCAUGCGAAGAAGAUGGUUGCUGCUAGAAAGAUCAUAGCGGAAGGCUGUGAAAAGUGUCCAAAGAGCGAGGAUGUGUGGUUCCAUGCCGCCGAGUUGAAUACGCCUGAGAACGCCAAAGUCGUUCUCGGCAAAGCUGUUCAGAACGUACCGCAAUCCGUCAAGAUCUGGCUCAAAGCUGCGUCCCUUGAGUCUGAGCCGGCUGCCAAGAAACGUGUAUUGAGAAAGGCUCUGGAAUUUGUACCGAAUUCAGUCCGAUUAUGGAAGGAAACUGUGAAUCUCGAGGAAGAUCCCGAGGAUGCGCGAAUACUUCUCACCAGAGCUGUCGAAGUCAUUCCGAACUCGGUCGAGCUGUGGCUUACACUUGCCCGUUUGGAGACACCAGAGAAUGCAAAAAAGGUUCUCAACUCGGCUCGAAAAGUCAUUCCGACCUCGCACGAGAUCUGGAUUGCUGCCGGUCGAUUGGCAGAGCAAACGCCUACCGCCAUGUCAGAAGUCAAGGUGGAAUACGAUCUAGAACAGCAGCGAAAGCUCGCCGCACAAGUGGACAAAGUCAUGGCUAUGGCCGUCUCGUCACUGCAAAAGAAUUCAGUCAUCCUGGGCCGAGAGCAAUGGUUGCAAGAGGCUGAACAAUGCGAACAGGAUGGCAGUCCGCUCACUGCUCAGGCUAUCGUCAAAGCCACUAUUCACCUUGAGGUCGAAGAAGAGGACAGGAAGAACGUAUGGCUGGAGGAUGCUGAAAGAGCAGAGAAGGGCGGCUUCUACGAAGUUGCACGAGCUUGCUUUGUCAAAUUGCUGGAGGCUUAUCCGACAUCGCCGUCAGUCUGGCGAAGAGCUGCCGAAUUUGAAAAAGCUCAUGGCACUCCUGAUGCGGUGCAAGAGGUUCUAGCCAAGGGUGUCCAACACUGUCCACACGCCGAGGUUCUCUGGCUCAUGGCGGCCAAGGAAAAGUGGAUGGGUGGCGACAUUCCGGGUGCUCAUGCUAUCCUGGCCGAUGCGUUCAAGCAGAAUGAAGAUUCGGAAUCCAUCUUCUUAGCCGCCGCAAAGUUGGCAUCAGAGACGAACGAAAUGGAAGCUGCUCAGCAGAUUUUGCAGAAGGCUCGAGCCCAGGCCGACACGGAGCGUAUCUGGAUGAAGUCCGCCAUGCUGGAGAGACAGCUUGGGAUGCUGGACGCCGCUUUGGACACGUUACAACAGGCCAUCAGCAAAUACCCUGGGUUCGACAAACUACACAUGAUCCGAGGUCAGAUUCUCGAAUCUCGGGGCGAGACGUCAGAGGCUCGGUCAGCCUACGCACAGGGCUGCAAGUCGUGUCCGAAAUCCAUACCGCUCUGGAUCCUCUCCGCACGUCUAGAGGAGAAAGCUGGAAUAGUCAUCAAAGCUCGAUCGCUGCUUGAAAAGGCUCGCUUACACAAUCCCAAGAAUGACGAGUUGUGGAUGGAGAGUAUAAAAAUUGAGGAGCGGUCAGGGAGCGCUCAACAGGCAAAGAGUGUCCUCGCUCGAGCUAUGCAAGAAUGUCCAACGUCCCCUCUUUUAUGGUCAUUGGCCAUUUUCAUGGAGGCUCCUCAACAACGCAAAGGCCGAUCGGUCGAUGCGCUCAAAAAGGCUGGAGAACAUCCCGCCGUGAUCAUUGCCGUCGCUCGAUUAUUCUGGGCCGAGCGUAAGAUUGAAAAGACGCGCCAAUGGAUGCAGAACGCGAUCACAGCGGACGCAGAUUGGGGCGACGCAUGGGGCUGGUGGUUGAAAUUUGAGAGACAGCAUGGCGAGCCGGAACGCCAACAAUUGGUCAUUGAUAAAUGUGUCGAGGCCCAACCUCAUCAUGGACCCGUCUGGCAAGCCGUAGCAAAGAAUCUAGCCAACGUUGGGAAAUCAAUACCGGACAUUCUGGAGCUCGUAGCUGAUAAGCUAGAGUAGAUGAUAGUAGUUGUACACCAUGGCUUCAUAUCAAGAGGCAGACAUGAAUUCGCGGCGUGGCUGGU